CACCUCCACCCAACCCAAAACCUUGCACAAAUCACCGCGAUUCACAUCCCAAAUCCCACCAAAACUCACAAUCAGGUCAAGCAACAAGCAAGGAAGAGUCGUCCGUCGCCUCCACGCGCUUGCGUACCCAACCCAAUCCAACCGCGUCCCCAAAUCAAUCCCCUCCCCCAUCCCCUACUUAUAUCCCACCUCGCCGCAAAUCACUCACCCAAAUCCAGCCCACCUCCAAUCUGCCUCGCCGCCGCCGGGAACCACAUCCAGCCGAAUCCCCCUCAGCUCCACCACCAGCUCUCGACGGGAUGGGUUCGGGGAGCCGCGCGGCGUCGUGCCUGUGCUGCCCGUUCAAGUGCCUGGCGUGCGGCCUCUUCAGCUGCCUCUGCAGCAUCCUCGUCUCGCUCCUCGUCACCGCGGGGGUCCUCGCCCUCAUCCUCUACUUCAUCUUCCGCCCGCAGAUGAUCGCCGCCACCGUCGACUCCGCCUCCCUCGCCCAGUUCGCGCUCGGCACCCCGGCCAGCCCCGCGCUGCUCCAGUACAACCUCACGCUCGCCAUGACGGUGCGCAACCCCAACAAGCGGGUGGGGCUCUACUACGACAACGUCGAGGCCCUCGCGCUCUACGACGGCCAGCGCUUCGGGUUCGCGCCCCUCGACCCCUUCUUCCAGGGCCACCAGGCGUCCACGGAGGUGAAGCCGGCGUUCGGCGGCCAGCAGGUGCUGGAGGGGGACGUGACCCAGUCCAACCUCAGGACGCAGCUGGCGGGAGGCGCGGUGGAGGUGGAGGUGAAGCUCAACGCCAAGCUCCGCGUCAAGGUGUGGGCGUUCAAGGUGCCCGGGCCACGCGCCAGGAUCAGCUGCCCGCUCUCCCUCCCCGCCCCCGCCGCCGCCGGCGCGCCCGCCUUCAAGCCCACCGAGUGCAAGGUCUGGUUCUGAUUCCGCCGUCGAUUCGAUUCGAUUCCUUGGUGCGCGCGGUGCGUUUGGGGAUCUCAUCUCAUCUCUUCUCUUCUCUUCUCUCGAUUCGAUUGGUUGGUUGCGGGAUGCUGCUGCUCUGCGUCGCCGCCGUGGUCCGUCCAUUAGCAUGUAGAUCUUGGUAGUAGAGAUUUUCGCAUCUGGUACUGCCUUGUUAGCUUUGCACAUACUAUCGAUCGGUCGAUUACUGUUCUUUUGGUUCUUUGUUAGCAGGAGUACUAUCCACCGUAUACUAUUACUACUAGUUGUUGCGUAUAUCGGUUAUAUUGGGAUCCAUCCUACUAUUCGACCAUUGUUGAUAUAUUCAUCGAUAUUCAGAUUUCUUUCGUUCA